UUCACUGAGCUGGCUGCCAAUAUGUUGGUGUUUUCUGUGUUACUGGUGAACGUGGCUUUCGGAGCUGGCCUCGUCUGCAAUUUUGAAAAAGAUUUCUGUGGUGGCAUUCAAGAGAAACAGCCACAUGACAAAUUUGAUUGGGACCGUCGGAGGACUCCAACAUCGUCAGGUGGAACAGGGCCAUCGAUUGGAUACGGGGGAAAAGGAUACUAUGCAUACAUAGAGACAUCCAGCCCUCGCAAACAGGGAGACGAUGCCAAAUUAGUGUAUAGACCCAAUCUGGGGAACAGAGAAUCGUGCAUCUCGUUUUACUAUCAUAUGAAAGGAAAAGGCAUCGGAGAACUGAAUGUAAAAGUGAACGGGAAAAUAAUUUUCAAGAAAAAUGGUCAGCAGGGUGUAGACUGGAAAAAGGCGCAGAUCAAAGUGAAAGAAACAGCUCGAAUAGUUAUCUUUCAAGGAAUCCGUGGAAGAAGCUGGCAGGGCGAUAUUGCUAUUGAUAAUAUUGAAAUACUUGGUUGUGGGGGAGAAGGUGGAGAGACACCCCCACCCCCACGAAAACCGAGCCCGCCGGUAUCUCCCUCCAAAGGAGGUUGUGGAACACGUUCGUCUGUUAGGAUCGUCGGAGGCUCGACUGCCAAGCGUGGAGACUGGCCUUGGCAGGCGAUGCUACGAAGCAGCUCUGGUUAUCCCUACUGUGGAGGAACUUUAGUAACUCCAUUUUGGAUCGUAACUGCAACCCACUGUGUCAAUGGAAAGUCACCCAGUGAAGUUUUUGUCCGUCUUGGCGCCCAUAGUCGUGUAUCAGAGGUUGACACUGAACAGGAUUUUAGGGUCACGAAGGUUAUUACACACCCACUCUACCACAAACCAAAAAGUUACAGCCAUGACAUCGCACUCUUAAAAUUAGACAAACCGGCUCGGCUAAACAGUUACGUGAAUACCGCAUGUCUUCCAGAAACUAUCGAAGCGCCCGUUGAAGGGAAACGCUGUUGGAUCACAGGCUGGGGUAGACUGUCCUCUGGGGGUGCCACACCGGAUGACCUUCAGCAGGUCUCUGUUCCAAUUGUUGGCCCCGCUCGCUGCGAGAAGGCAUAUCCAGAUAAAAUCCAUGAUUCAAUGAUCUGCGCAGGGGUGGAUGAAGGAGGCAUUGAUUCCUGUCAGGGGGAUAGCGGUGGACCGAUGGUAUGCGAGAGUGGCGGCCGAUUUUACUUGCAGGGUGCGACCAGUUGGGGAUAUGGCUGCGCUGCUGCGGGAAAGUUUGGUGUUUACGCUAAAGUCAAGUACCUCCUGCCUUGGCUCAAAGAGAAAAUGCGGCACAAUUGAAAAAAGAAAAUGAGCUGAACAAAGAAAAAAUUUGACAAUUGAUAGUUUGAUUGCAAGUGUAAGCCAAUAACAUGAUACUAAAAACCCAAAGGAUGUAGUAACUGAAGAAGAUGCGAAUAAAUAUUAACCUAAUGCUA